UCAAUUAUACCUGUCACUCGUGUUGCAUCGAAAACCCAUCAACCCCUUUUUUAUUAAUUUUCUUAUUCCAAAACCCCUCUUUAUAAACCAAGAAUGUCAAGCGAUUUAUUACAAUGUUACAACCGAGGUUGUGGUAAAAAAUACGAUGUAACCACCAACACGGAUAAAUCGUGUCAACAUCAUCCUGGAGAGCCUUUCUUUCACGAUGCUUAUAAGGGAUGGUCGUGUUGUAACAAAAAAUGCACUGAUUUUACCGAAUUCUUAAACAUUAAAGGAUGCACAUUUUCGAAGCACUCCAACGUAAAACCCAUCGAACCUGAAAAGACGCAAAAACCCGUUCCUGAUGGUGAUGUCAUUGAAGUUAAACCGAUCGAAAAAAGUCGUUUAAAAAGACCGUCGUUACGAACGGAAUUGGUUUUAAUGAAACCUUUCGUAGCCCCCACGCUAAGAAAACAAUUUGAAGAGGUUUUUGUUGAAAAAAAGGAAAGUUCUGAUGAAAUCGUUAUUGGUACUUCAUGUAAAAAUGGAGGUUGUACUUCAACUUAUCAAGGACCAGUUUCUAAUGAUCAAACAUGUACUUAUCACCCUGGAGUACCAAUAUUUCAUGAAGGAAUGAAAUAUUGGUCUUGUUGUCAAAGAAAAACUAGCGAUUUUAAUGCAUUUUUAAACCAAGCCGGGUGCGAAUCAGGUUCUCAUCUUUGGGUUAAGAAAGAUGAGGAUUCAACAAAAGUACAAUGUAGAUGGGAUUAUCACCAAACAGGGACGCACGUUGUCGUUUCGAUUUAUGCAAAACAAUAUUGUCCCGAUAAAAGUGAAAUUAAAUUAAAUCCAAUACGUUUAUAUGCAAAUCUUAUUUUUCCAAACCAAAACGGAGCUACUUUUAAUUUAGAUGUGGAACUUUGCGGGAUUAUUGAUGUUUCUCAAAGUAAAGUGAGUAUGUUUGGGACUAAAGUUGAGAUCAAUAUGAGAAAAGCAGAAGCUUUUAGUUGGUCUAAACUUGAAAUUAAUAACAAACUUGAUAGUUUGAAAGAUAAAGAGUCUGGAGAGGAGCUUGGACCAAAAGUAGAAGGUAUUGAUUUAUCUGAUUUAUAAAAUUUAUUAAAUAAGA